AUGACCCAGACAGGGGGAAAUACGAACUCCUUGGCGACGGACGAGCUGCGACAGCAGCUGCAGCGUCUGGAGAAGGAGAGGAUGGCCCUCACCAACACCAUUGCCGAGCUUCAGCAGGAUUCUUCCGACCACCAGCUGGUCCUUGAUGCAUUCAAGGACCUGGAACCGUCUAGACGAUGCUACCGUUUAGUCGGGGGCGUGCUGGUGGAGAGAAGCGUUGGGGAGGUGCAGCCUGCGCUUGAACAACACAAAGCCAAGGUAGCAGAGGCCCUCAAGACGCUGGAAGCCCAGCUGGCCAAUGUACAGUCCCAAUUGGCAGCGUCCAGCCAGGAAUACGUGCGACGCACUGGCUCCUCUGACCUGCCCCACCUGCAACAGGAAGCAGCUGGCAAAGACACGAAGAAGAAAGAAGGGGGUGGUGUUCUGGUUUAG